CCAAGCUGCUCUCAGGUUUCUCUCUGAUCGUAGUAUAUUGGAUACACGAUGGCUGACCACCUUGCGCGAGUGCGAGAGGACGAGUCGACAUCGUUAUUUUAAUUACAAUCUUGCAAGAGAGAUGUAAAAGCAUUAAAUUGAAACGCGAUAUACCGUCGUCAGUUUGCUUGGUGCAGUGCAGUGCUGGAGUGCAGUGCAGCGGUGUUGUCCGACCGUUCUAACGUGAGGAUAUGUUACAAUGGCGGGCUCUAUAGAAAUACCACUCCGCGAUACAGACGAGGUUAUAGAGCUUUAUCUAGAUCAGUUACCGGACGGAGAUGAAGUACUGGGGAUUCUACGGCAAGAACAUGCCCAACUCACCAUCUGGGUCAAUUUGGCCCUUGAGUAUUACAAGCAGCAAAAGAUCGACGAUUUCAUUAAGAUACUCGAGUCUUCUCGUCUUGACGCAAAUGUCGAUUACCGCGACUAUGAGAAGGAUCAGAUGCGAGCUCUUGACAUGCUGGCUGCCUACUAUGUUCAGGAGGCCAACAAAGAAAAGAAUAAAGAUAAGAAAAGAGAUCUCUUUACGAAAGCAACCUUAUUGUAUACAACAGCUGACAAGAUUAUCAUGUAUGAUCAGAACCAUUUGCUCGGUCGAGCUUAUUUCUGCCUGCUGGAGGGCGACAAAAUGGAGCAGGCUGACGCGCAAUUUAAUUUCGUGCUGAAUCAGUCGCCAAAUAAUAUACCUUCUCUGCUCGGCAAAGCUUGCAUCGCUUUCAACAAAAAAGACUACAGAGGUGCUCUUGCAUUUUACAAGAAGGCCCUGAGAACUAAUCCAAAUUGUCCAGCCGCUGUUAGACUGGGAAUGGGACACUGUUUCAUGAAACUGAAUAAUCAAGAGAAAGCGCGACUUGCAUUCGAGAGAGCCUUACACUUGGACGGGCAAUGCGUCGGGGCACUAGUCGGCCUUUCGGUCUUGAAACUGAAUCAGCAACAGCCCGACAGCAUAAGGACCGGCGUGCAAAUGUUAUCGAAGGCGUACACGAUCGAUUCGACAAAUCCGAUGGUGCUGAACCAUUUAGCGAACCAUUUCUUUUUCAAAAAGGAUUACAAUAAGGUUCAACACCUAGCGCUGCACGCGUUUCACAACACGGAAAACGAAGCCAUGCGGGCAGAAAGUUGCUAUCAAUUAGCUAGAGCAUUUCACGUUCAAGGUGAUUACGAUCAAGCGUUUCAAUAUUACUAUCAGGCAACACAAUUUGCUCCGCCUGUAUUUGUACUGCCACAUUUUGGCCUAGGACAAAUGUACGUUUAUCGCGGCGAUGCAGAAAAUGCAGCCCAGUGCUUCGAGAAAGUCUUGAAAGCGCAACCAGGAAAUUACGAGACCAUGAAGAUUCUUGGCUCACUUUAUGCCAACUCAAGUUCUCAAUCGAAACGCGACAUUGCCAAAAAUCAUUUGCGAAAAGUAACGGAACAAUUUCCCGAUGACGUCGAAGCUUGGAUCGAAUUAGCGCAGAUAUUAGAACAGAGUGAUCUGAAUGCAGCCUUGAAUGCUUACGGAACCGCAACCAGGAUUUUAAAGGAAAAAGUUGAAGCGGAGAUACCGCCGGAAAUCUUGAACAAUGUGGGAGCGUUGCAUUACAGACUCGGUAACUUGGAGGAAGCCAGGAAGAAUCUAGAAGAAUCCUUGGCGCGUUCGAAAGCAGACGCCCUGCACGAUUCUGUUUAUUACAAUUCGAUAGCAGUGACUACAACGUAUAACUUAGCGCGUCUCAACGAGGCGCUGUGUGUAUUCGAUCGAGCGGAGAAACUGUACAAGGACAUUUUGAAGGAGCAUCCGAAUUAUGUGGAUUGUUAUCUGAGACUCGGCUGCAUGGCCAGAGACAAGGGACAGAUAUACGAGGCGUCUGAUUGGUUCAAGGACGCCCUGAGAAUCAAUAACGAACAUCCGGACGCAUGGUCACUGCUGGGUAACUUGCAUCUGGCCAAGAUGGAAUGGGGUCCUGGCCAGAAAAAAUUCGAGAGAAUUCUGAAAAAUCCGACUACGAGCACAGAUGCUUAUUCCUUAAUAGCAUUGGGAAACAUUUGGCUGCAGACGUUGCAUCAGAGUGGAAAAGAUAAGGAAAGGGAGAAGCGACAUCAGGAUCGAGCAUUAGCCAUGUACAAGCAGGUUCUGAGGAACGACCCGAAGAAUAUCUGGGCUGCGAAUGGUAUUGGCGCGGUACUCGCGCAUAAGGGUUGCGUAAACGAGGCUAGAGAUAUAUUUGCUCAGGUGCGCGAAGCAACGGCAGAAUUCUGUGAUGUCUGGCUGAAUAUUGCGCACAUCUAUGUGGAACAGAAACAAUUUGUCAGCGCUAUUCAAAUGUACGAAAAUUGUUUGCGCAAAUUUUAUAAAUACCAUCACGUUGAAGUCUUGCAAUAUCUUGGAAGAGCUUAUUUUAAAGCUGGCAAGUUGAAAGAAGCAAAGCUGACGUUAUUAAAAGCACGUCGAGUAGCCCCACAGGAUACCGUCUUAUUGUACAAUAUUGCUCUCGUACUUCAACGACUGGCCACGCAAAUUCUUAAAGAUGAAAAGUCAACUCUGACCACUGUGCUUCAGGCGGUUCACGAAUUAGGCCUCUCGCACAAAUAUUUUCAAUAUUUGUCAGCGCACGGCGACAGGAUGGAACAGUUGGCAGAGGCUGAAGCCCGGAGGUGUCAAGAUUUAUUGUCGCAAGCGCAGUACCACGUUGCUAGAGCUAGAAGAUUGGAUGAGGAAGAGAAGAUGUUGAGACGGAAGCAAGAAGAAGAAAGGCAAGCCUUCAAAAUGCGUCAGACGGAAGAGCAACGCAAGCUGGAAGAGAUGCGUCGCCAAAAAGAAGAAGAGAUGUUGCAGAAGCGACAGGAAUAUGUGGAAAAGACUAAGAAUGCGCUGGUAUUCGGCGAAAUGCCGUCGGAAAAACCCGGAAGAAAGGGCAAAAAGGUUCGAACUGACCAGUACAUCAGUGAUAGUGGAGGAUCCGAAAGAGAUGAAGGCAGGGAGGAAGUGCCGAAAGAAAGGAAGCGCAAGAGGAAACCUAGCGGUGAAACUAAAGAAAGAAAGAGCAAAGGCUCGGACAGUGAUCAGCCAAAACGCAAGCGUGGUAAGAAAAACGCGAGGACUAGAAGAGAAAAAUCUACGCGUAAGGGUGCAGUUGAGACCCUCAAAGGUAAGCUGGUUAAAUCGAAGGAAACCAUUUCGACGAGUGAGUCAGACAGCGAUACGGGUGGCCUUAAAAUCGCUAGCGGCGGCGAAAGUGGUAACGAGAAUCAACCACGCAGCAGUAGACGAAUUGCUUCCGAUUCCGAAGCGUCUCGCGCCUCACGCUCGAGAUCUCGUUCAAGAUCGAAGUCUGGAAGCCGCUCAAGAAGCAGUUCGCGUUCGCGUUCACGUUCGCGUUCCGCUUCCCGUUCGCGGUCUCCAUCUCGAUCACGGUCGCGCUCUCGAUCUCGAUCCGUUUCUGGAUCCAGAUCCAGAAGCGUUUCGAGAUCAAGAAGCCGCUCGGCAUCCGGGUCAAGAUCAGGGUCGGCUAAAAGUAGGUCAAGAUCGAGGUCGGGUUCGCGCAAGAGUGGCUCGCGAUCAAGGUCUAACAGCGGCUCGCGAAAAAGUAGAUCAAAGUCAAGAUCAAGGUCGAGUUCGAGAAAGAGCGGCUCUAGGUCGAGGUCACCGAGCGGUUCAAGGAAAGGCGUAUCAAGGUCCCGAUCCAAAAGUGGCUCGCGCUCAGGCUCGGAGGAACGCAAGUCGAAAAGCAAGAGUCGGUCGCGAUCUAAAUCGAAGUCUGUCUCAAGAUCAAAAUCAAGAUCGAGGAGCGGCAGCAGAUCGCGAUCGCGUUCUAGAUCGAAGAGCGGUUCUCGAAGCCGGAGUCCGAGCGGAUCGGCACGUUCUGCAUCCCCGGUAUCUAGAAAAUCAGUAUCGGGAAGUGGCGGUAGUGAUAGCGAAUAAAUCAGCUCUUGCAACUGUAUCACAGUGCGUCACAGUGACGAAAGAAAAAAGAUUUCACAUAGUUAACAUUAUAAUUUUUAU